AUGAAGCUGAUAGGAAAUUCUGCCUACGGUGGACUCAUCAUGGAUAAGAGCCAGCACACCAACAUUAAAUAUGUUCGUGGGGAAACCAAUGCAUGCAACGCCAUCAAUGACCCGCAAUUUAAAGACAUACACCAACUGGACGAGGACAUUUUUGAGGUAGAGAAUGCCAAACGCACCAUUACUAAUGACCUACCUAUACAGCUAGGUUACUUCAUUUUACAGUACGCAAAGCUUCGCAUGUUGGAAUAUUACUACGACUUGAUGGACGUCUUCGUUGACCGUAGCGAUUUUGCGUACUGGGAAAUGGAUACAGACAGUGCGUAUAUGGCCCGUUCGGGGAAAAGACUGAAGGAAAUCAUUAAAGCGGACAAACAACUUCAUGACAACGGACUAUAUGGUUUUUGUCAUGUCUGGGACGUAAAUGCUGUGAUGGCCACGAAAAGCAUGACAUGA